CUUGGCCAUGGAUUCAGCCGCUGCAUGGGCAGGAUGGCAACCAUGCCUUCGUUCCUUCGCCAUUCCCUGCUCCCAACGAGCCUGCUCCCUUUCAAUGGUGUCCGACACUGCCAGCUCAAGGUGAUGCUGCCCUUAGGCAAUUGCCGUAUGCUGGCAAACAACACAUGGCCCUACCGUGUCCUCAGCGUGAUCCCUUUAGGUCUGUCCAGCCUCCCACAUCUACAUCAAGAGUUCUGCCAGUUGCUGUCGGAAGUGGGGUAAUAAUGGCUUCUGGCAAGCAAGGAGGGAGAGGGGGAAUAUUUGAGGCCCCAGGAGGAGGUGGAGGAGGAGUGCAGCAAGAUCUUUGGGGAGGAGUGCUACAGUCGGGGGGCGCAAAAGGAGGAUGCCAAGCUGGCAGAAAGAGAGAAUCUGAGUCUGGUCAUUCUGGUAAUGAAUGUCUUUUGACCAUGGUGACGACAGUGACUGCAAAAGCCCAUGCCAUUGGGAAGAUGUGUUACAGGAAGGAUCAGGCAGCACCAGUCAGUGGGGGUGAGGUUGGCAGGAAUGGGCCAGGAGGGGGAAAAGAGGGGAGUCGUCCUUCCCUCCAAGGGACAGGAUGUGAAGGUGAAGUUCCAGCCUCCAUCCGCACAUUGAUCGAUCUUAUCCAAAAGGACAAGCACAUGGAGAAGGCAGCUACUCGGACUUGCUUGCACGAUGCAGUCAUGGAUGACAUAACUUCUGCAGGUGUAUGCCCACUUGAUGACGUCUCGGUGGGAAUGCAGCCCGAGGUAGGUGAUGUGUACGCGUCUGGCGGGAAGUGGAUACGUGUAGAUCAGCACUCCAUUCUUCACCACCCGCAAGAGCAGCAUUUUGGGGAAUGUCUGACCCUUGGGGCUUCACGUGUCCAUGCAGAAGUGGGGGAUGUGUAUCAUUGUCCCUUGGCAUUCUGCGGUGGUCUGAGGGAUGACGUUAUGCGCAAGUCAGUUUGCGCGUUUAUUGGUACCAGAGGGCAAUUGACAGAUAAGUAUCCUCAGCAUCAUUGUCGGCAGCAGCUAGCGAAAGAUGAUGCAGAUGGUAAGGAAGAUGGGGGCAUGCCGCAUGGGGGCAAAGAAUAUCGUACAAUUGUAAGGGGGGGUUCAUCUAUGCCCCCACAUGGGCUCCUGACAAUAGAGGAUGGAGGAGGGGGAGACCCAACUGGGGGCUCCCAAGAGGUACCAAAGUUAACUUGGACUGAGCCUGGGAAAGAUGGAGACAUGGUGUGGCACUGCAUAAAUACUUCUGGCAAUGAAAUGCUCAGGAGGCAAAGUUUGGAAGGACAAUGCGAGAUGAGUGCACUCAUCAUGCUGGCAAAGCAGGAAAUUAUGGAGGACUGUACAGGUCUCCUUCAACUGCAAGGUUUAGACAUGCGGAAGGUGCUGUGGAGGAGCAACCUGAAAAGCAAAAAGAUGACAAAAAGGCCGAGGAUUUUGCCAGAGGGAUGGAGCCCACCAAACAACUGGCGGAAAGUGGUGCGGAUCAGAAGAUCAGGUGCCACCGCAGGGACAAGGGACACUCGGGAGGAGGAGCGGGAGCGGUGGGAGGAGCAGGAUGAGUGUGCAACGGCGGUCCGUCAGUUGUUUGGCGGAGGAGCGGGAGGAGGAGGAGAGGGAGGAGUGGGAGGAGGAGAGGGAGGAGGAGCGGGAGGAGGAGGAGAGGGAGGAGGAGCGGGAGGAGGAGGAGAGGGAGGAGGAGUGGGAGGAGGAGGAGAGGGAGGAGGAGCGGGAGGAGGAGGAGAGGGAGGAGGAGNGGGAGGAGGAGAGGGAGGAGGAGCGGGAGGAGGAGGAGAGGGAGGAGGAGCGGGAGUUGUCUUGCAGAGGAGGAGCGGGAGGAGCGGGAGCCACGGGAGGAGGGGGGGGGCUCGUCCGGCAGGUACGAUCUUUGUCACGUUGUUUGGCGGAGGAGGAGCGGGAGGAGCGGGAGAAGCGAGAGGAGGAGUGGGAGGAGGAGCAUGCAACGGCGGUCCAUCGCGGGAGGAGGAGGAGAGGGAGGAGGAGCAGGAGUUGUCUGGCGGAGGAGGAGCGGGAGGAGCGGGAGCCACUGGAGAAGGAGCGGGGGGGCUCGUCCGACAGGUACGAUCUUUGUCACGUUGUUUGGCGGAGGAGGAGCGGGAGGAGGAGCGGGAGGAGGAGCGGGAGGAGGAGCGGGAGAAGCGAGAGAAGGAGCGGGAGGAGGAGCAUGCAAUGACGGUCCAUCGGUUGUUUGGCGGAGGAGCGGGGGAAGGAGGGGAAGCCUUUUUUUCUUUCUUUUUUUUCGUAGGAGAUGGCUAUGGAGGGAUCUUUGUCACAUCGUUUGGCGGAGGAGCGAGAGAAGGGGGGGGAGCAACGGGAGAAGGAGCGGGAGGAGGAGGUGUGGCAGGAGGAGCGGGAGCAGGAGGUGCGGCAGGAGGAGCGUCGGGAGGAGCAGGAGGAGGGGCGGGAGAAGGAGCGCAAGGGGAAACAGGAAGGGGCGGAGGAGGUGCGGGAGGAGGGGCGGGAGAAGGAGCGGGAGGAGGAGCGAAAGGGCAAAUGGGGAGGGGUUUAACGAACGCGAGGAGGAGCGGGAGGAGCGGGAGAAGGAGGAGGGGAAACGGGAAGGGGCGGAGGAGGCACGGGGGGAGCAGCCUGAGAAGGAGAGGGAGCACGAGUGGGAGGAGCGCGAGGAGCCGCAUACAUGCGGAGGCGGAUCAACGCGCGGCAGGUAGGAGGAGUGGGAGGAGUCUUGGCAUUGUGGUGUUCGACCAAAAGUUGGGUACGGAGACCAUGUGCGUCAGGGAUGCAAAGCCGGCGAGUGCCUUUGGUAUCGAUGUAAAGGAGAUUGUCAUGGAGGGAGUAGUCGGGGACAGGAUUGAGGUCACGAAGCGUGUUGUAGAUGGUGGCGAAGUCUGGGCAAGAGAGAUAGCCUUGGGUGUAGCGAUGGUGAAGAAACGGGAGGAGUUGGAUAUGUGUCAUUGUGGUGCAAACUUUGUCAGGGGGUUUGUGAUCGGGGCGCCGACGAGGAGCUCCAUCUCGUUGGAGGGGUAUUUCAUUUCCGCAGGAAGGAGUUUCUUGCUGGCGAAGGACGGCUCUAAUGGCGAAGUCAGAGGCGUCGGUGGUGACGUAGAAAUGGCGAGUGGGGUCAGCGAUCUUGAGGACGGGGGCGGUGGUGAUGAGUUGUUUGAUGACAUCGAAGGCAUUUUGGCGGCGGUCGUUCCAAGUGAAGGGUUCGUCCUUGUGGGUGCAUUUGCUGAGCUUGGCGUAGAAGUUUUGCUCUCUGAGGAUAGAGAGGACUUGGCGGAGAUGCUGAAGGUGGGACUCGAAGGUGGGGCUAUAGACGAGGAUAUCAUCGAGGUAGACGACGACACAAACUUCGAGGAGGUCGCGAAAAAUGUGACAGAGGAUGGAUUCGGAAGGAGGGUUGAGGAACAAGUGGCAGUGAGGGGGGCGUCAGGCGACGAGGGUUGUGACGCCUGGGGGUCAUCCGAUGGGGGGUGCGGCACCGGGGAGGGGGGAGGCAGACGUAUUGUCGAUGCCAAAUGGGCCACCGAUGGGAUGGAGAUCGUCACCAAUGGGGUGGCCGACAGACUAGUCGUCGAUGCCGGAGCGGAGACCACCAGUGGGAUGGAGAUCGUCACCGAUGGGGUGGCCGGCAGACUAGUCGUCGAUGCCGGGGCGGAGACCUGGGGACAAUCAUACGCGCUUAACGCGGGAGAUGAAGGCGAAAUCCCUGACGAAGUCGAUGGGGAUAUGUUGACGAAGCGAGCGGACGUAUUGCACAAAACGGUCGGUUGGGCCGUUUUGUUGGAGCCGACAGAAUUGGUCGAUGUAGUCGUCGACCGUUUUCUGUGGGCGGAAGGUGGAGGUGAUGGGGGUGGCCCACUCAAGGAAGGUGUGAGGUCAGAGACAGGUGUGAUGGCGAUUGGUCAUAUCGGUGUACCACCAGCGAGCAGCGUUGUCUAUAGGAGUAGUCUUCAUUACUUACUUCCUUCCGCCAGUGAUGGGGAGCCAGUGGACGACACGAAUGCUGUGGAGGGAGAAGGCUUGUUGAAGUUGGUGAGAAAGAGGAAGAUAUCCUCAUGGGGUUGGCCUGAGAAGGUGGGAAUCUCGUUGGCACGGAAUGAUGGGGGGAUUUUGCCUCCUGGGGUUAGCGGCGGCAAGGGCGUUGAAAUCAAGGGUGGGAGAGGAAGAGUCGACCAGGCAGAUUGGAAACUGCAGAUGGACGCUGCCCCUGAGGCAAAAAAACCGCAGUAUCAGUUCUUCUACGAGAAAGCCUUGAAGAGGGAGGAGGAAGAGAAAGAGAGAGAGAGAAGGGAUAAGGUGCAGGCUCACGAGGCCGUCCUUAGCACCGUGUCCGCUCUGACUGAUGAGGAGGUAGAAGAGAAAAUGGUUCCCCUCCUUAGAGCCUUAGCAGGGGUCCGGGUUGCUGAGGACCAUACUGGCCAACUCGCACAGGUGUUUAAGCAGCUAAAGGAGUUGCGCGAAGACAUGGCCAAGAUGGCGCAGCACCGCGAUCAGCUGCAACAGUUUGCUAGUUCGCAGCAGGCCCAAAUCGUCUCUCCACUCACCUACCCUGCCUCCAAUGCUGCGUGUCAGUCCAUUUUUGCCCCUCAGACUAUGUCUACUUCUUCUCCUUCUACUUCUUCUUCUUCUUUGAGUGUGGUUAACAGCCAAAGCGGAUCUGCAGCAAGUCCAGACCCCGCUGCUGCUGCUGCUGCUGCUGCAGCAGCGGCAAGUGGUGGUGCAGGGACUUCUGGAACUGUUGCAGCCCCGGGCCCGGACCCAGCAAUGGCUGGGCCAGGCGGCAGCUUUGCUAACAUCGACAGGAAGGCGGCGCAAAUUCCAUCCAAGUAUGACGGAAAGGACGACGUCGAGUCUUGGAUCAGCUCUAUGCGGUCCUACUUUGAUGUAUUGGGGACACCCCCGUCCACUCAGUCGUCUAUCCUGGGGACCAAUGUGGAGCCCGUCGUGCGGGGUUUCCUAGAAACCCAAGCUGUCCAAUCAGGCUAUAAGAGAAUAGACUUGAACAAAUGGCUACAGGCUACGCCUACUGCCGCACUUGAGGAUCUCUUGAUCAAACAAUAUGCUGAUCCACAUGCUGCAGCUAAAGCAAGACUUAAGCUUGACAAGCUCAAGCACAGCAAGUGGACCAGCACCAUGCACAACCUGCAGCAGUAUGUUAGUAAACUCUUUGCUACUCUGGAUCUGGAGAUGACUGCGCAGUCCUGUUUGGAUGUGAUAAAAGGUACGGUCCCCUCUACUCUAAAAGAUCGCCUAGGGCUCGGGCUCAACAGAUAUACAGAUUGGCUUACCCUCAUGCGGGACUUAGUCAAGCUGGAGGCACAAGACCUCCCGGGUGGAUCAAGUGGCAAAAAGGCCACUGGCCGCAAACGGUUUCCAGGCAGCAACCGUUUUACAGCACACGAUCUGCUUGAGGCUGACGAGGAGACCCUCGCAGAAGAAUCUUCUCUUAAUGACGAUCAAGAGCAAGACUGCGGGGCAUCUUGCUCUUUGUGAGCCCAUGAGUCUGAGUAUGUAAAUGACGAAG